CGGUGCUCCUCUGGCCGCUGCAGGGAGGAGGCGGCGGUGGGGAGGGAGCGCACCCCGCCCGGCACGCCCGGCCCCCGCUCCCCGCGAGGCGCGGUCAGCCGGCACCCGCCCAGCGCCCGGGGUUCUGCGGAUCAGGACCUCUACUCCAGCCUCAGAAAUUGCUGCAAUUCCUGGACCCCUUCCAUACAGUGGGGAGCUGGAACGAAGCACCUUCCCUUCCUCUGAGCCCUGCCUCCUUCUGUAGGCCGGAGCUCCGUAGAACUCUUGUUCUGCCUUUUGCUUGGAGGGAACACAGCGGACGAUGAGGAGAAAAUAAUGAAUGUCAAAGGAAAAGUAAUUCUGUCGAUGCUGGUUGUCUCAUCUGUGGUUGUUGUGUUUUGGGAAUACAUCAACAGGGGAGAUAAUGCAGGAUGGCUGGGCUCUGGUGUUUCCGCCCACCAAGGCUUCUUCAUUACCAGACACCUGAGAAUGUGGUAGGGGAGACCUUCUGCUAGUUGCCAGCUGACUGACUUUGAAAGGAAAAAACAAAACCAAGAAACACCCCAGGAACUGAGAUGGUCCUGAUAGUCCCAAUUCCUCUGGAGAGCAUGAAGCACCCAGAAGGGUCUUUCUUGUGGCUAUAUCACGCAAAAAAUCCAGAAGUUGGUGAGAGCAACAGGCAGCAAUGGUGGUUUCCAAGCUGGUUUAAUAAUGGAGUCCACAGUUAUCAAGAAGAGGAAGAGCGCAUAGAAACAACAAGAGGAAAGGAAGACAGAAUCGAGGACCUUCCACUGUGGGAGUGGUUUAAUCCAAAGAGACGCCCGGAGGUCCUGACGGUGACCCCAUGGAAUGCGCCAGUUGUGUGGGAAGGCACUUACAACAAAGCUCUCCUAGAAAAGUAUUAUACCAGACAGGGAAUCACCGUGGGGCUGACAGUUUUUGCUGUCGGAAGAUACAUUCAGCGUUACUUAGAAGAAUUUCUGGUGUCUGCUAAUAAGUACUUCAUGGUUGGCCACCAAGUCAUAUUUUACAUCAUGAUGGACAAUAUAUCCAUGAUGCCUUCUGUACAACUGGAUCCUCUGCGUUCCUUCCAAGUAUUUGAGAUCAAAUCUGAGAAGAGGUGGCAGGACAUCAGCAUGAUGCGCAUGAAGACCAUCGAGGAGCACAUCCUGGCCCACAUCCAGCAUGAGGUUGACUUCCUUUUCUGUAUGGAUGUCGACCAGAUCUUCCAAGACGAUUUUGGUGUGGAAACUCUGGGCCAGUCAGUGGCUCAGAUACAGGCUUGGUGGUACCAGGUAGACCCUAAUGAGUUUACCUAUGAGAGACGGGAACUGUCAGCAGCGUAUAUUCCGUUUGGACAGGGGGAUUUUUAUUAUCACGCAGCCGUUUUUGGAGGAACACCUAUUCAUGUUCUUAACCUCACCAGAGAGUGCUUUAAGGGGAUCCUACAGGACAAGAAAAACGACAUAGAAGCCACGUGGCAUGAUGAGAGCCACCUGAACAAAUAUUUCCUUCUCAACAAACCCACUAAAGUCUUAUCUCCAGAGUAUUGCUGGGAUUAUCAAAUAGGCCUGCCUAUGUAUAUUAAAAGUGUUAAGAUAGCUUGGCAGACAAAAGAGUAUAAUUUGGUUAGAAAUAAUGUCUGACUUCAAGUUUUGCCAGUAAAUUCCUGAAGUUGAGGGAAUAUUCUGCUAAUUCAGAAAAGUAACACUUUAACUUAAAAUAACAAAAACAGCAACAGUAAAUUCGACAAACACAUCCUAUUUCUCCUGGUAACUCUGAGCCUUUCAAAAUAUGAGAACAAGUCUGUGGUAAUCAGAUGUAAAUUCCCAGUGAUUUCUUAUAUAUUCUGGGUUUGGGGGAAUACUAUAUUAGUUGAAUAAAAAUAAUUUUGCCAUAGGCCAAGAAAAAAGCCAGAACAUUCUACCCAGUAUGUCAGACAGCAUCCAGGAAAACGGGGUGCUAAGAGAAAUGUUUGGCAAAAUAUAGCUGGGUGGGGUGCUGCCCAAGAUCUUGAUUGCCUUGACUUCCUGGUUGUGAUGGUUCUAACUUGGAGUUGUUUUGCAGCAAAAAGAACUUCAGCAAGGAAACCACUUCCUUCCUCGUGAUGGCUUCAGGGCAUUUUCUGUCUACGCCCCUUGAGGGUGUUUGGCUUCUUUGCCAAAUGAAGGUGGGGAUUCCCAAUGGAUAAUCCUGGUGGUGCAUGUUUAGUCCCAGUGAGUCUUAACAAGCCAGUGGGUGCUCCGAUUGAAGUGGAGACAAAGACUCAAUGUUGAGUUUGCCAUGAAAUAGGGCAGGAAGGGCAGAAACAGGGGCUGACACUGUGAGGCUGUGCUGCUCUCUUGAAGGGUGCAGGACAUGGUGCUUGAAUUACAUCACUGAUACAGGCAGGAAUGGGAGGCAGUGUGGGUGGUCUCCAGCCUCCUUCACCCUGUGACUUACAGAGCAGGAACUUGACUGGAAGGUGCUUCUUGUUUUACCCUAGUCAUAUUCAGUCAACCAGCCUUGUGUGUUCAGUGACGUGGGAGGGGAGUGGAUUGGAGAAGAAAGAGGCCAGCAAUGGACUGGAGAGGCCUCCAGGACCUGAGCUUCAUCUGAAGACCAUCUGUCAUCAUCCGGUCCCACCACUGGCUCGGAACCUCGGGAUCCCUCAGCCCAUCAUGUUGCAACGUGGAGGCCUGACAUGAAGGAGUGAAGUGAAGAGAAAACCCUUCGGCCUAGAGACCUCGUUUUCCCUCCUCCAUCUGCACCAUGCCAGGGCGGCAGCCAGGAGUGUUGGACAGCACGGCUACCCAGCUAGAACAAAGGAGGAUGCAACGGAAGACGUGGUCGCCAUGGCUGAGCGACUGGACAUUCAGUUCCCUUCUCUGAGAGAAGCAGUGACAUCCUACAUGUGAGAACUUAAUAGUCAAUGCAAAGGGAGUUUUCCGUCUGCAUUUACACGUGUGCAUAUAUUUAUAUUUUGCUCGUCUCCCUGUGUAGAUCAUCUACGGUUUUCAAGCAGCUUCUUUGAAGAACCGCUGCAUUGUCUUAGUGUGUAGCCCAAAGACUCCUUUGAUAAAAAGAAACUUCAAUUUUGUCUACAUUCCUCUGCCUCCUACUCUUUAAUCGUUGAUUGCAGCAAACGAACAAAAGCACGUAUUCAACAAGAACAACACCCCUCACCCUCACUUAGUGGGCAUUGCGGAAGAAAACGGAGGCUACACCUGGCUGAGAAGCUUGCAUCUCUGUUAAUUGUGUGUUGGAUCCCAUUUUUAGCAGGGAGAGUUUGAUGGUUUUAAGUCCUGAACCAAAAAAAAAAACCAGUCUCUCCCAAAAGUGUAGAAACCAAAGCUGAAGGAAUUUUGAGGGAAUUUCUUGAUUUUUAAAAAUUCAUCUAAGUUUAACUCUUUAGUGAGCAAAUUUAUGGUAUUACUAAUGGUAAUUAUAAUAUUUUUUAAAUAAAAUUUCUGAUUUACAAUUGAAUAAAUUAUUUUCACAUUA